AUGGUAUCGCCAAAACGGGGUCAUUCUGCCGAGAACAGCGAAGAACCCGAACCCAAACGCGCACGGCUCGACAGCCUUGAAAUUUCAAAAGAAAACACUCGUGGUUCCCAAGAUACUUCGUCGGAUAUACCCAAAGGGUUUCCGGAUACCGCCGAGGAUGAUGUUGUGACUCCAUUCGUGUCUACGGCCCCGACACUGCAUUCCCAAGCGCGUCUAAACAUCCAACGCUCGAUAGCGUUGAUUCUUCAACACGACGGGUUCGAUAGCUCAACACCGGAGGCCUUAGAAGGCUUCACACAGAUGGUAGAGACUUACAUUGAAUCCAUUAUUGGAGAGGCAAAAUGGCUGGCCCAUUCAUCGCGUCGCGAAUAUCCCACACCAGUCGACUACGAGAAAACCCUCAAGCGGCAUAAUGUUUCCGUUUCAUCGCUGAAGGUCCACCUACAUCCUCCCAUCCCCAAAUCUAAAGCGGCACCGCAAUACACCGAAGCAAUCACUCUGGACGACGAACCUUUUGUGACGCUACCCAUUCUUGGCCCUGAGCUCAGUGGGCAGGACGACAAGGACUCAAAGCCCCAUAUCCCCAAGACCUUUCCUGCGUUCCCUAGCAAACACACAUACACUUUCACACCACAAGAAGAUGUCAAUACACGGGAUUCCAAGAAGCUGCGAGAGCAAGCCGCCAAGACCGCACAAGAGGGAGAGGAAGCACUACGAGGUCUAGUCAGGGCUUCAAAGAUGCGAAAGCAGAAGGAAGUCAAAUCUUUGGUAGAAAAGGAUCUUCAGGGGAAGGAGCGCUAUCGUCUGUGGGAGAUGACCAUGAAGAAAUUCAUGGGCAUGGAGAGCAGGGGAGAACACUCGGACCAGGUCGAAGUCGCAGACCACAGCAUGAUUGUCAACAGCGAUUCAGCAUUUAGCCGCAAGGAAGUAUCUCGCCUGGGGAAAAGAGAGGGCCGGUUAAUUAAUGGGAAUGUGGCAUAG